UGUCGGUACUGCGGGGACGUUUGUCUCCGUACACGCUCGUUCAAAUUUCUUUGGCAAAGAGGAGGAUGCGCCGUCAGAACCAGACUGUUCCUGUCUAUUCGAGUCGGACUGGUUUUACUCGUGUGCGGCUCGACGCAUCCUGCGCUUGCUGACCCGCCGUGUUGAUGAUGCUGGGAUUAGACUAACACAUCAUGGAUCCUGAGGAGUUGGAGCUGCAGAAUGACUACCGCUACCGCAACUAUGCGUCGGUCAUUGAAAAGGCGCUGCGAAACUUUGAAUCCUCGAGCGAGUGGGCAGAUCUCAUCUCCUCCCUGGGAAAGCUCAACAAGGCCCUGCAGAGUAACCUGCGUUACUCGCUGCUGCCCAAGCGGCUGAUCAUCGGGAAGCGUCUGGCUCAGUGCCUGCACCCGGCGCUGCCCAGCGGCGUGCAUCUCAAAGCCCUGGAGACCUACGAGGUCAUCUUCAAGAUCAUUGGAACAAAAUGGCUUGCCAAAGAUCUGUUUAUCUACAGCUCGGGGUUGUUCCCGCUGUUGGGCCACGCGGCCAUGGCAGUAAAGCCUGUGCUGCUGACACUGUACGAGCGUUACUAUCUCCCACUGCAGAGGGCUUUACUGCCCAGUCUGCAGGCCUUCAUAACCGGCCUCCUUCCAGGCCUGGAGGAGGGACUGGAGGUUUAUGACAGGACCGACGCUCUGCUGGUCAAGCUGUCCCUGCUGGUGGGGCAGCAGGUCUUCUACGGCGCCCUGUGGGGCAGCAUGCUGGUGACGCCCAUGGUGCGGCUGCCUGCCACCGUGUACAUCGUCACGCAUUUUGACCGCAUGGCGCCGCUGAGUCAGCAGACGCACAUGCUCGGCUACGACCACCGCGUGGUGGUGAAGUCAGUCUGUCUUUCGCUGCAAGAUGCAAAUGUCCUGGUGCAGAGAAACACUCUGGAAAUCCUGCUCUACUUUUUCCCCUUCGCCUCAUGCUUGAACCCAGCAGAGCCGUCUAUUGCUCUGAAUGCCGAGGACAUGACCACAGUGGUGUCUGCAGCCUCGCUGACGCUGCUCCGGAGAGACAUGUCUCUAAAUCGCCGCCUCUACGCCUGGCUCCUAGGUACCGACAUCAAGGGAGGAAUGGUGGCGCCACAUCCCAAACUCUCCGCCACCACGGAGGAACACAUGGCCUUCUACUUCAGCACUUACUCCCAAGAUUUUCUUGUGAUGGCUCUGAUUAACAUCUUCAAACUCAGAUAUGCAGAUUGUGCCCCAGAGAAUGUGAGCGGUUACCUCCGGCCGUUCCGCAUCGUCAUCAGCCUGCUGGAUAAACCGGAGAUCGGUCCAGUUGUGUUGAACAAUGUGAUGCUGGAGGUGGUUCGAGCUUUUUACAGCUACUGCCGAAAGAUACUGGACGAAGAAACCACCAACAGCUCGGGUCUGUCAGGCAACCAGCUGGCAAGUAAAAUCAAAGAGAGUAAGAACGCGUCGGAGAUCAUCAAGACGAUGAAUAUGCUCGUGAGCUCCACCAACAGCGAAUACCUCUGGGAGUACAUGACCCGGCGCUUCUGCUCGGCUCUCAGCGAUAAAGAUGAUCCGCCGACGCCUCCUGAGCAGGACCGCAGCCAUCCUGCUCCCACCGUCUCUGAGAUGUCAAUCCUCAUCAUUUUCCUGCUUGAUGUCCUUCCUCUGGAGCUCCAUGCCGACAUCCAGUCCCACUUCCUCCCUGAGAUGCUGGGCACCAUGCUACGAACCCUGCGCAGCCACAUGCACGCCGUCGGCCUGGAGGAUGUCACCCAGGGGCUGCGGGCGUGCUUCAAGCUCCUGAGUAAGAUCCAGAUGCCCGUGGCCUACAUGGACGUGGAUGCUGGGGCACAGAGCGAGGAGAUGGAGUCUCAGUCACAGGAGGAAGAAAGCACACAGACUCAGGAUGUAGAAACCGAAAAGGAGAAAGAUGGUCAUGACAACGGAGAACUGAACCAGGAAGACGGGGUCGAGCCCGUAAAUGGCGUUUACCCGACGCUCAGGUCUGAAGACAGCGGGCUGGGCAUUAGUGCUUCACCGUCAGAGCAGCACCUGCUGCCCGGAGUGAGAACAGGAACCGAGGAAAAUGGAGUCUGCAAGGAGGGUGAAGCCGUGUGGAGAAGGGGGGGCAGCAUAGACACCAUGAGCCAGCAUUUACAGGACAUCCUCGCCUUCAUCACCACCCGACACCUGUUGGUGCAGGUGGAGGAUGUCAGAGGACUGGAUGAGCAGCCCCACCCGGACCGGACUCCCCCGCCCUCAGCAGCGCACGCCGAGAAGAGGAAGGAGCGCGGGCAUUCAGGCGGUCUGGACUGGGCUGCUGGGUACAUGCCCAGGGGAAGGGCGGAGAUCUCUGAGGCCUGUCGGCAAGCCUUCGUCGCCUCUUGCCACCUGAUGCUGGAGUGCACCACUUUUCCCAUCUACCUGAGCGAAGAGGAGACCCUGGCUCUCCACACUGACAUGUUCAGCCAUACAGGCGGUCAGACGGAGACGCUUCCCGUGUGGCUGAGGUCCCUGAUGACCCUCUGCUGCCUGUCCAGAGACUACAGCAUCCAGCACACGGCAGUGGCCACUCUGCUGGAACUCAUCAACCACUCCCAGUCCUUGGCUCUGGUCAUCAAGGACAAGCAGAGACGCUACCAGAGCUCCGACUACAACCCCCUGAGCGGCCGGCUCCAGAUGGUCACAGUGCCGCCCAUCUUCCCCACGGUGCUGCGUCUGAUCGAGGAGGGCACUGAUUUCUACCAGAGGGUGUCCCAGGUUUUGUGGAGUCAGCUGGACACAGAGCGGAGAGAGCAGCACAUUUCCUGCGUGGAGCUCUUUUACCGGCUGCACUGUUUGGCACCGUCAGCAUCCAUCUGCGAAGGCAUCAUCUGCCAGGCGCUGCUGCACAGAGACAAAGCAGUCAGGCUGGAAGCUCUGCACCGCUUCACGGUGCUGUGGCACCUGACCCGGGAGAUCCAGACCAGCAGGACUCUGUCCCUCAGUCGCUCCUUUGACAGGUCCCUGUGUGUGGUGGUGGACAGUCUGAGCUGCACCGACAGCUCCAUCAGCGCCGCCGCUCAGUGCUGGCUGAGUCGGGCGCUGUCCCUGAACGACGUGAUCCGGAUCCUGGAGCCCAUCCUGCUGCUGCUGCUGCAUCCGGCCACGCAGCGCUGCUCCAUUCAGAGCCUCAAGCAAAACCUCACCUCCGGUGAUUUGAAGAUUCCUAAUAGCAGGAGUCGAAGUUCUUCCAAGACCGCCGCGGACACCCUGGCAACAGAAGUCACCACCUUGAACAUCUCGGACGUGGUGGACCGGGAAGCUCUGUGGGCGGAGCUAAACAGCUCCCCGGAGCCGCCAAAGCCGCAAGACACUUUGGUGGCAUCAAGGAGCGAGAGCGAGGAGACGGAGGAAGAGGAGCGUAAUGAGGACGAGGAGGAGGAGGAGGAGGAGGAGGAGGCGGAGAGUGAACACACCGAGUCCGCCGACACCAGCGGCGCCCAAGUCUCCACCGAAAACUCCAGCUCGGGCUCCGCUCCUUCCCACAGCAUGGAGGAGGGCGCCGUGGUCAACGGGCUGCGGCGGGCCGAGUCGGAGCACACGCAGGCAUCGGACUCGCUGUCCAGCGAGGACGAGGAGGAUCUGGAGCUGGAGGCCAUCGCCAGGUCCCGCCAGCUGAAGCAGGAGCGCGAGAAGCGAGAGGCCAUCAACUCCCUGUUCCGCCACGUGCUGCUGUACCCCGUGGCGGGCGGCUGGCGCUACCUGCUGCAGGGCCUGGCGCUGCUCGACAGCCUGCUGAAGAGGACGGAGAGCCCCCUGGUGGACGCGCUCACCUCCACCUCCUUAGACACCAGCUCCGCCGCCCACCUGAACCUGGUCUCCAACCUCCUGCAGCGCCACCAGCAGGCCCAGGAGGGCAGCAGCUUCUACGGCAGCCUGCUGUCUCCCUCCUCCACCCCCUCCUCGCCGCCGUCCCUGCUCAUCGAGCUGCUGGUGUCCCUGUGCCUGCGGCUCCUGCGCUCUCAUUACCCGUCUUACCUCAGCCUGAGUCCGCUCGACCUGCAGGGCAACAGGGAGGUCCAGGUGAAGAGCGUGGAGGUGCUGACUCGGAUGGCCAACCAGCUUUGCUUCCUGGCACGAGGACAGGAAGGCAGCAAGGACUACCUGGAGUCCUGCAGCAGGCUGCUGUCCGGUUGUAAAGUGCAGCAGUAUGCCCUGCUCACUCUCUGUGCGUCGAUGUACGUGAGCCAGAGGGGGGCGGAGAAGGGAGCGUCGAAAGACGUGGAGCUUCCCGACGAGGAGGGGGGCCCGUCCGAGGAGAGCCUGGUGAACGUCGGGACGGGCGGCGGCCAGGAGCAGUACGCCUUACAGAUGGAGCUGCUCAAGCUGCUGCAGGCGCUCAUCGUCCUGGAGUACCACGUGUGGCCGGGCGGAGCGGCGGCGGCGGCGGGGCCGGGCGGUGCUCCCGGCCAGGCCGGCGACUCCCGCGACGCCUCGCCCGCCAGCACGCCUCUGGCCCGGGAGUGGCAGACGGCGGUCCACUUCCAGCAGUCCAUCAAGGCGGCGCAGUACGUCCAGAGCCACCCCAUCACCGCCCAGGGCAUGUUCGUGUCGGCCGCCGCCAGAGCGCUGCAGCCUCAGUACGGUUAUGCCAUGCACCCCCACUGGGUGUCGCUGCUGUGCUCCUCGCUGCCCUACCUGGGGCGCUCUUUAGGCAUCAUCGUGUCUCCACUCAUCAAUCAGAUCUGCAAAAACUUAGACGAACUCGUCAAGCUUUACGAACAUGAUGGAGGAAAGACCAACCAGAGCCUAAGUGGCAGGAAGGAAAACAUUGCCCCAGACUACCCUCUGACUCUGCUGGAAGGCCUCACCACCAUCACACACUUUUGUCUUCUAGACAACAAGAGAUCCCUCGUUGCCUGCGACCCCGUCGACGUCCGCAACGCUCGCAACGCCGUACUGGAAGCCCUGCCACACAUGCUGAGCAGCAUGGCGCUGCUGUGGGGCGUGAUCCUGAGAGAAGACCUUCAGAAGCGAGCGUCGGACUCCGCCCAGAGCGGCAGACACACUUCAACAUCCGUCUAUUUCAAAAACUCAAGGACACUGCGACAGCGAAUACUGGAAUUCCUGCUCCCUUUAACUAAACUCUACGGCGUUCAGCUGAUGGCCUCGCUCGGUGUCGUAUGGAGCAACAGAAAGGGAAAGAGGAGACAUAGAAACAAAGUUUUACCAGUGACCAGCGAGCCUCGUCUCACCAUUGUGGAGCUGGUCAAGUCUCUGAACACUUUGCACACGGACACCAUCCUCUAUCUGGUCAAAGAGGUGGUGAAAAAACCGCACCAGCUGAAAGGAGAACAGAAGUCCACCCUGGUCGAUGUUCCCAUGCUGCAGUUCAGUUAUGCCUACACCCAGAGCAUUUCAGCUCAAGCUCUGCAGGAAAACGUUGCUCCUCUGCUUCUCCUGCUGCGAGAGUCCGUGCAGCUCAACCUUGCCCCGCCUGGACACUUUCUGCUGCUGGGAAUCUUGAAUGACUUUGUCAACAGACUUCCCAACCUGGACAAUAAGAAGGAUGCCAGAGAUCUGCAGGAGGUGACUCAGCGGAUCCUGGAGGCGGUGGGCGGGAUCGCCGGGUCGUCUCUGGAGCAGACCAGCUGGCUCAGCCGCAGCCUGGAGGUCAAAGUUCAGCCUCAGGUGUGCCCGGAGGCCGACGAGCCGGACGACGCCGACGUGGACGGAGAACUCUGCGAAUCGGCGGCUCAGGCGAGCACCAUGGUCUCCUCGUCCGCUCCCUCAGUUUACAGUGUGCAGGCCCUGGUGCUCCUGGCUGAGAUCUUGGCGCCGCUUCUGGACAUGGUGUACCGCAGCGACGAGAAGGAGAAAGCCGUUCCUCUCAUCUCUCGUCUCAUGUACUACGUUUUCCCCUACCUGAAGAAUCACAGUGCCUACAACAUGCCCAGCUUUGAAGCCGGCGCUCAGCUGCUGAGCAGCCUGAGCGGGUAUGCCUACACCAAGAGAGCCUGGAAGAAGGAGGUCUUUGAGCUCUUCAUGGACCCCCUCUUCUUCACCAUGGACGCCUCCUGCGCUCACAGCUGGAAAUCCAUCGUUGACCAUCUGCUGACUCAUGAGAAGACCAUGUUCAAGGACCUGAUGAGCAUGCAGAGUAGCUCCCUGAAACUGUUCAGUAACGUGGAUCAGAAGCCCAUGCUGCUGAAGCGCCAGGCGUUUGCCAUGUUUAGUGGAGAGCUGGACCAGUACCACCUCUACCUGCCCCUGAUCCAAGAGCGUCUCACGGACACUUUGCGGACGAACCCGAGCCCUGCUGUCUCGGCCCAGAUGUUCCUGAUGUUCCGCGUUCUGCUGUUGCGGAUCUCGGUCCAGCACCUGACGUCUCUCUGGCCGAUUAUGGUCACUGAACUGAUUCGUGCUUUUACACGUCUGGAGAAGGCUCUGCAUGUGGACAAAGAUGUUUCAAAGCUCACCAAAGUGGUGCGUGGAGCCGUUGACAAAAAUGGACCUCCGAGUUUCUCCCAGGCGGAGUUGGACAUGUACCUGUCCGCCUGCAAGUUUCUGGACACCUCCUUGGCGUUCCCCCCUGAGAGGAUACCGGUCUUUCAGAUGUACCGCUGGGCGUUUGUCCCCGAGGUGGACGUGGACCGCUACAGUGGUCCAGAGAACACACUGAUGGAAAGCCAGCAGGAAUGCAAACCGCACGUUGUCCGAGUGCUGGAAGGCAUACAGCAACGCUUUGGGACCAUGAAUGAGCUCGGCGACGAGUCCUCCUCAGACGGUUUGGAGUUCCCCCUCCUCUCGCAGCGCUCCAUUUCGUCCAUCGCCCAGCUGCUGCCUUUCCUGCGCAGCCUCUGCCGCUCCUCCUCCUCCUCCUCCUCCUCCGACGGCCCGCCUCCUCAGGAUCAACCCGUCAGCCACCUCUUCCCUGUAGCAGACUACCCAGCAGCCAGUUCGCACGCGGUCCUCAAGAGGAUGGAGCACAUCACGGAAGAAGAGUUCCUGGACUCCAUGGAGAGCUGAACAGCUUUGUGAACUCGGUUUAAACACACACACACUCACACACACACACACACAGCCAUAACAGCUGGGAUAAGUAACGUGGGUGGAACCUGUGAUGAUGUAUUGUGAGCUGGAAGAGAAGGAAAUGUUUUUGUAGUUCUGUUUUUAAAAUGUUUGAAGUUGUUGGACCUCCUGAUUCACACACGUACCUCUGAGGGGUUCACACACUGAAUCUACACCGGGAAAGCAAAGGGACUUCGUGGUAGUUUUAAUCUAAUAUGUGAAAUUAUAGUGCAAUGAUGACAUUUUACUGAAAAAACUAAAAAUAGCAGCCGACUCCAAAUUGUUAGCUGUCGUUUUAACACAGCAUGCACCUUUUAAUAUUUCUGGUUCCAGUAAAGCGUUUUAAUUUUGGCUCAGAAUGGAAGAUUCACUGUGAUGAACCUCCGUAACUGUCGCAGUCUGUGGUACUUAACGUCUGUCUGGCUCCAAGAAUGUAAAGACUAAACAUCUUUACCCUCAGUUAAAAUCUUAUUCAAUGUUAUGUUAAGGACUUUAUUGGUAAGUUGCUGAAUGUGCUUUGUGGACACGGGGAAAACCCUUCGCAGGCUGCGCCUCAGUGUCACACAUGCUUGCCAAUUUUUGGUGUUUGUAGGGAAAUCGGCCUUCCCGUGUUGUUGGCUUCAUGAAUCGUUUUUACAACUGUCCAUUGCCUGUUUUCCACAGCGUUGAAUGUUGAAGUAACUUAUUUUGGAUGUUAAUGGACCAUGUCAAGUUUUGACAGCAGGAACGCGUCUCAAUAAAUUAAAUAAUAAACUCG